AUGUCAGAGAGUCGAGAAAAAAUUUUCAAACACUGUGACAUCAACAGCAACAAUGUUAAUGACAUCAUUGACAACAACUUUAGCAACAACAUCAACAUAAAUAACCACAUUAACAAAAACAACAACAACAUCAAAAUCAACACCAUCAUCAGAGAAAACUGCAAAAGACUCAACCAACUAAUCAACAACUCUCACAGGAACUCUCACGUGAGCUCUGAUUUCUUCAAAACGAAUAAAAAUUUCAACGUUGACACAAUCAUCAACUACAACAACAAUAACAUAGGCAACGAAAAAAACGAAAUCAAUACCAGCGACGACAUUAACUACAACAAUAACACCAACGACAACAACAACGAUAACAACAACAUCAACUACAACAACGACAUCAUCAACAACAACAGUAACGAAAACAACAACAUCAACGACAAAAACAACAACAAAAACAACGGUAACAUCAGCAUCAAUAGCAACAUCAACAAAAACAACAACAUCUACGACAACAACAACAACAACGAUAACAACAACAUCAACAUCAACAACAACAUUAACAACAACAACAACAUCAACUACAUCCCAAGAAGCAAGCCAUCAUGCUGUUUGGUGUGUCACGACAGGGCCUCAGGCAACCACUACGGCGUGUUGACCUGCGAUGGUUGCAGAGGAUUUUUCAAGAGGAGCGUCCGAAGAAAUAUGACGUACAUCUGCAAGUUUGGAGACCGUUGCAAGAUCGACGUGGCCAGGAGGAACCAGUGCCAGGCUUGUCGUUUCAAGAAAUGUCUGCAAGUCUCCAUGAAUAGAGACGCCGUGCAGCAACAACGAGAUGCCAUAAAAACAAAUGCAUCAAAACGUUCACGAAGCUUCUGGGAAGACGAAGACGGUGAAGAUGAUAAUUUGAAAAUGAACAUCAAGUCUGAAUGUACAGUCCAAAACACGGCAUCAAAUAACCAAAUAUUUCCAGCUGAGCCUGAUUCCAGUUUGAGUUCCAAAGGGAGUUCAGAAGCAGAUUCUUUCAACGAAAUUAUUUCUGCAGCGGCGACAGCAGCGCCGCGUUGCUAUGGCAACUGCUGCCAACCAAUCUCUUCACUACAAUCUUUCAAAAAACUUCAACUCGUUGAUGAACUGGCAAACGUUUUAGUAUACUGCAUCAAGUGGGCUUGCUACCUGCCUGAGUACCAGAAACUGCCCGUCACUUUGAGGAAGGUGCUGGUUGAGAACUCCUGGGGACAAAUGUUUGUCCUCUCCUUGUCUCAGUUUAGACACUGGACCUGGAUAGAAGAGAGAUUGGAAUCGCGGAACGGAGGAGUUCUGGAGCAUCUGAUGAAUGCGGUCAAACGUCUGCAGACGAUCGCAGUCGACCCAUCUGAAUUCUUCUGCCUAAUGAAGAUCUCACUUUUCAAGUCAAGUUACAAAGAACAUUGGAUGCACCAAGCCACAAUAGAGUACCAGAGGCUGGCGGUCAUGUUGUUGGAAAGACUGACCCUCUUCAAAAAGCAUCCCGCUAGGACUCAACACCUCCUCGUCGAACUUUACAACCUUGCAUCGAUCACUGACCUCCAGCUCAAAAGUUUAUUCAAACUUGCAGACCAGGGAGAUAGCGCAGAUGUUGUGGAUAGUUUAAUUAAUGAAAUUUUGAAUAAUUGACAGUUAUUUUGAUUUUUCAUAUAUAUUCAAUGAAAUGAAAAAUUGGGUUAUGUAAAUUAAAAAAAUGUACAAACUUAACCGUAAUUUAAAAAAAGAAUCAAAUGAACAGAACAGUUAAUAUGAUUUUUCAAAAAUAAAAAAAUUUAACAAAACAAUA